UGUCGACUUAAAAGAGAUAACAACGUUUUUAAGUACAUAUUAUUUGCUGUUGUUGAUUUGUUGUUGAUACUAUUCUGUUUGUUUAAUUUUAAUAACAAUGGAUAAGGAGACGAUUGAUGCAGCCAAAUCAAUUCCUGCGUUUUACGCUGGGCAAAGUUUAUUUUUGACAGGCGCAACAGGAUUUCUAGGCAAAGUACUCAUCGAGAAGAUAUUGAGAUGUUGCCCGAAUAUUCGAGAAAUAUUUAUAUUAAUGCGCCCAAAAAAAGGACUGAGUAUUAAUGAGAGAAUCGAAAAAAUGUUAAACUUACCGUUAUUCGACAAAUUACGAGAGGAACAGCCUUCAAAUAUCAAGAAAUUAAUUGCGAUUUCUGGCGAUACCAGUCAAGAAAAUUUAAGCUUGUCGACAGUCGAUAGACAAAUGCUGAUUGAAAGAGUGACUAUAGUAAUUCAUAACGCUGCAUUGAAAUUCUCCGACAGCCUAAAGGACGCCAUACUUAUUAAUACCAGAUCAACGAGAGAUAUAUGUAUCUUGGCUGAAAGUAUGAAGAAUCUAAUAGCCUUAGUACAUAUUAGCACUGCAUAUUCACAUUUGGAGAAACCAGUUAUAGAAGAAAAGGUGUAUCCGCCUAUAGUCGAUUGGCGGAAAUUUAUCAAAGUGGCCGAGUCAUUGGAUGAGCAUACCUUGAAUGUUUUUACAGCUAAAUGCUUGGAUAAUGCUCCCAAUACGUAUAUAUUCUCGAAAAAGUUAGCGGAGAGUAUAAUAGGGGAAUACUCCUUAUCUUUGCCUUGUGCGAUUGUGAGACCAUCCGUAGUGAUAUGUACGUUGAAGGAUCCAAUUCCAGGAUGGAUAGAUAAUUUUAAUGGUCCAAUAGGACUAUUAACUUUCAGCGCCAAAGGAUUCUUACGGGUACUGUAUGGUAAUGGCCAUAUUUCACAAAAUAAUGUACCAGUAGACAGUGUCAUCAACACUAUAAUUCUUGUAAUUUGGAAACUUGGAUUGACAACUUUCACACCAGGAUCCACAUGUUUUGUCGUAAAUUAUACUUUACCUAAUGAACACAGUAUAAAAUUAGAAGAAAUUACAACCAGAGGAGAUAAAAUCCUAGAAGAGAUACCCCUCGAAGGACUCUAUUUUUGGACGCCUCAUACGUUCUUUACUAAGAAUGCAAUAAUGUAUUAUGUAUUGACAAUAUUGUGGCAUAUCUUACCAGCUAUGAUAAUAGAUUCAGUUCUCAAAUUUUCAGGACGUCAACCUAUGAUAUUUGAAAUACAGAGAAAAAUAUAUGUGGCCAAUCGUGCUGUGCAAUAUUUUAUGUUUAACAAAUGGAAAUUUGAUAAUGCAAAUAGUCAAGAUUUAAUGUCACUUAUACCAUUCAAUAAUCGAGAAAUGUUCUCGAUUAAUCUGUCUGAUAUAGAUGUUACAAAGUAUAUAAGGAUUGAAAUAAUAGGUAUCAAAAAAUAUCUUUUACAUGAAGACAUGAAUCGAUUAGAUGUAGCUAAAGCACAUUAUAAAAGGUUAAGGUUAUUCGUCGCAACAUUUAAAACCAUCAUUUCUGUUGCUAUUCUAUGGAUGAUAUACAAGUGGAUAUGCUUUUAAUACAAUAUAAAUAUAAAUAUAAAUUUAUUGUAGAGAUAGAAAAAGCUACUAAUUUAUAACAAUUUUUAUAAAUCAGUUAUCUUCUCUCUCUCUCUUUCUGAAAAAUUUAUAUAAUUUAUAUUUAUAUUGUAACUAUAUUCUAUAUCUAUAUAAUAAUGAACACUGUAAUCUGAAAUACUUAAAAUAAAAAUGAAGUAUAUAUAUAAAUAAAUGCAAUAAUAUUACAUUUAAA